GAGUUUACCCCUAUGAGGCGGUGAGAGGCCCGGGGCCUACCUCAGAGGAGCGGGGUCGCGGCGCCAGCUAGCAGCGGGCCCCCUCCUGGUCCCCGGGCCCGGCGGCGCGGCGGCGGUUCGCUUGUGAGGAGGCGGGGAAGUGAGUGUCCGGCCCCAGCCAUGGAGGGCAUGGACGUGGACCUGGACCCCGAGCUGAUGCAGAAGUUCAGCUUGGGCACCACCGACAAGGACGUGCUCAUCUCCGAGUUCCAGCGGUUGCUCGGUUUCCAGCUCAACCCGGCCGGCUGCGCCUUCUUCCUGGACAUGACCAACUGGAACCUGCAAGCAGCAAUUGGCGCCUAUUAUGACUUUGAGAGCCCAAACAUCAGUGUGCCCUCUAUGUCCUUUGUUGAAGAUGUCACCAUAGGAGAAGGAGAGUCAAUACCUCCUGACACUCAGUUUAUAAAAACAUGGCGGAUCCAAAAUUCUGGGGCAGAGGCCUGGCCUCCAGGGGUUUGUCUUAAAUAUGUCGGGGGAGACCAAUUUGGACAUGUGAACAUGGUGAUGGUGAGAUCGCUAGAGCCCCAAGAGAUUGCAGAUGUCAGCGUCCAGAUGUGCAGCCCCAGCAGAGCAGGAAUGUAUCAGGGACAGUGGCGGAUGUGCACUGCUACAGGACUCUACUAUGGAGAUGUCAUCUGGGUCAUUCUCAGUGUGGAGGUGGGUGGACUUUUAGGAGUAACGCAGCAGCUGUCAUCUUUUGAAACGGAGUUCAACACACAGCCACAUCGCAAGGGGCUCCACGGGCCUUACCCCUUCGGCCAGUCUUAAACGGGUAUCAGCAAGAAGAAAAAUUAACAAAAGACAGAAGGCUUGACUUUGGGGGGGAAGAGCAAGGGGUUCCUCUGGAUUGCAGACCACAUCGCAUGGACCCCUGGCUCUGACCCCCAUCCUGGAAGAAGAGGAAGAAGCAGAACAGACUAGUUUUGAGUAAACUCAGUAUGCAUGUGUGGAUGCUGAACCCAGGAAUGGUGUUGAGGCUACCAAGAAGAAAUCCAUGCAGCCACUUUGGGUUUUGUUUAUUAGGUGUCAGUCUCUAACAAGUGGUUAGGUCACUCGGGAAGGAAAAAAAGUUUUAAAUGGGGGAAAAAAAAGCCAUCUUUUUAAGCAAAAAUUAUUUUGCCUACAGACAGGUUGUAGUUUUGAGCACAUGUUAAUUUUUUCCCCUCUUUCCCCACCUUUAUUUUUUUAGAUAAGGAAUAACAUACUCUUUAUAGAAUAGCUGCUUGCUCUGGAAGCAAUUCAGGUUAAAAGCUGGCGGGGCAUGUUUGGGGACUCUGCGGGUCAGUGCCAUUGGAGGACAUCUGCCGUCCCACAGGACUCCACAAGUCUCUGACCCCAUUUGUUUUUAAUGGCAUCAGCCAAUGAAUUAUCACCCUUUUCCUCUUCUUUUCUCUUUAAUCUUCUGUUGAUUUACACCUUUGGCAUUUGUAUUCGUCAGCCCUGUGGCUCGUUACCAUCAGAACCUCCCUGAAGACCAAACUUCCCUGUGUGGCCUGCAGAGGAAGCCGUUAGGACAGCUCUCGGGUGACGUGGGAGUUUCUGGGGCCGAGAGGUGUCCUUCUCCACACUCUUGUAACAGUUCAAAUUGCUCUCCUCCCAUGUUUCUCUUGGCAGAGAGAAAUGCCAUCGUGCUUACUGCUGUCUUGGAUUCUUUGUCUCCCCAUUCACUGGGAAGAGAGCCUCCGUGCUGCAUGUAUGCGUGUGUGCGUACACACGGGUGUUGAUGCAGCUCACCAGCAAAUGUGCAGCAAGCGAGUGUAAAGAUGUCCAUGCUUCCCUAUUGUCACACAGCUCCCUUCCCUGUGUUUCCUUCCACUUGUCCUUUGUGGUGUUAGUGGAGGCUGAGCUGUUAAAGUGUGAAAAUGGAGCCCCAGAUGGGGAACUUGCCAUGGGGAAGGGCCACAGUUAGCAACUCUGUGAUCUUGGAGGCCAUGUUUUGAUGGAAAUGAAAGGACUCCUGCCCUGAGCAGGAGGUGUAGUUGUUGGGAGGUGGGGGCAAGGAGCAGCCCAGCCAGAGCACAAGCUGAUUGGCUGGCUGCGCACUUGGACAGGUUGCCCCCUCUGGGAUCCUGUGGAUUCUGAGCAGGUGAGAUGUGGGUUUCUCCAUGGGAAGCUAAAACCAGGCUAGAACAGCUGUCUGCCAAAGAUAUGAGAUUAUGCAAAGUCCCUCUUCUCACCCCCUCCUUCUCUGAGUCUUGGUUGGUUUAAUAGCCAGGGAUAUGGUGCAGGGUCCCUGCCUGUUUCCAGCCCACCCCCGAGCCCUGGGGGUAUGAGACAAGCAGGGAGACCAGGUCCGCAAGCGGCUGCAAGGGGUCAUAUAGCCUGGGUGUGGGUGAGGGUCUGCCUGCCUGUGUCUGGGUGUCUGAGUUCCAAAAGUGUGUUGUUUGUUCCUCCUCAUCCUCUUCUGAGACUGUGGUUUUUAUUUUUUAAGCUUGAUUGUGAGAGAAAAGCUUGUACGAAAUUCCCCAUUUGCCUCCCCACCUCCCCAGAAAUAAAAGGGGAGUAAACAUUGGUCCUGGGGAGGGUGCAGCCAGCCUGCUGAGAGGGCAGUGCUCUCCAGAGCACCUACUUUCUAUGCACACGAAGAGCACCCCAUCCCCAGCAGAGCAGACAGGGGUCCCUGCCAGUGCCCAGGCCACCACAGGCCCAAGCCAAGGGCUCACCAUGGCUUUUUGUUUGAGGGCCCUAUAAGGCCCAGACUGCUGCCACUGUUGGUGCCAACCUCCUGGGACACCCGCCAUCCUGGAGCCCCCACAUGCCCAGCUGUUCUCCUCACUUGAUAGCCCUCAAAGCAUCACAUCUUCAGCUGCCCCAGCAGGAGCACGGGAGGCUUUACAGUAUCUGGUUUCCUGACCUGCCUCACACUAGGUGUCCCUGCUGCCUUCCCCAGGAGGGGCUGUCUGCCCUUGUUCAGUGGCCUCCUAGGUCACUGUCAGUGGGUCUGGCCCUGCCAGGGGGUCCCACUCCUCCUCUUGCUUUUAGGCAACCUCACCCCCAAGUGACUGUCCCAAGCACGUUGGUUUCCCUCCCAAGAGCAAACUGUCUCUGUGCAUGUCCUUGGGCAGGUAAGCUCCUUGCAGAGGCCAGAGCAAUCGCAAGCCGUAGGGCAGGGGCAGGAGAAGUGCAUAGCUCCCUCGGACCUGGAGGCUGUUGGUACCACUCACGCUGCCUUGUCUUACAGGUUUAGGGUCUGUGGAGCUCCCGGAGCCCCCCCUCUGCCUCCAGGCAGGAAGGACCACCAGGGUCUGACCCCCGCAAGGUGAGGCAGGCACCAUCCUUAAGGACCUGAGCCCAGCAGGGGAGGCAGAGGGGCUCAGGCUUGGAAAGAACCUAUCUUGUGCAUGGAGUGAGGUGUGUGUGGACGUGUGUGCACGCGUGCAUGCUUUUUUUCUUUUUGCCAUGGGGACAGUUGAAUUUGAGGCAUUUUUCUAUGAGAAACAGCCGCCUCUUCCCCCCCAGCAAGGACUGGCUGUAUCAGAGGCAUGUCCAACCUGGAGAGAGCCUCACCAAGAUAGCUGGUGUGGCCUGAGGGCAGCCAGGGUAGGAAGUGGGCAUAAAAAUAACCAGCUCCCCAAAUUCAGUGUGAGCCCCAGCAGGAGAGGGUGGUGGGGUUGCCAGGGCCCAGAAGUACAAGCUGAUUCACCCACACUCCCACCCCACCCCUUGCCUUUCGUUUCCUUGGGUGAAUGCUGGAGCUGCCUCCUCUACCUGGGCAGUGGUGGUGUAGCAGGCUGGGUGGUGUUUGGUGGGGCGUGUAGCAGGCUGGGUGGUGUUUGGUGGGGCGUCAUGGUGCCUGGGAGAAAAUGGAGAUGAGGAGGUUUUUCCUUACUGUAUAAAUGAAUAUUUGUAUGAUUAAAUUAACACACCAAAAAAUCCA